AUGGUACAUUGGAAGUGGCAUGAAUGCUUGCAUGCUCGAUUAAAUGAUCGUGAUGAAAUUCGACGAAAGUUAGCAGCAGGUAAUGAAUCGGAAGGUGAAAAUGAAGAUUAUUAUACAUCGGAUUAUAUAAAAAAGACAAUGGUCACAACAUCACAUCGACGUCGUCAAGGUUCAAAUUUACAAAUAUGUUUUGUUAAUGAACAUCAUCAAGCAAAUGAAUUAUCUGAUAAUGAUUUAUCUACACAAACAAAAAAUUUAAAAUCCGAUGAAAUAAAUUCAUCUAUAAUAGAAAAUAAUGAUGAAGAUAUUCUUGCAAAACAACAAAGAUUAAAAGAAGAAGCUAAAGUUGCUCUUGUACUUGGUGCAAAAAUGGCACGAAUGCAAGUACAAAUUGAACGACGAGCUUUAAAAAAGAAAAAAUCACCACUUUAUGAUAUUAUUGGUAUUAAUACGAAUGAUGAUAAACCAUUAACUCUUCGAAUGCUUGAAGAUAUGAAUAUUGGUCAAUUACAAGUUAUUGUUAAUGAUUUACAUUGUCAGAUUGAAGGUCAUAAUGAAGAACUAGUCAAUCUUUUAAUGGAAAGAGAUUCAUUAAGUAUGGAACAAGAUUCAAUUCUUGUUGAUAUUGAAGAUUUAACAAAACGUUUACAAGAACGUGCUGCUAGUUUAUCACCAGAAUCAAAACGAACAUCAACAAAUGGUGCAGCACAACGUAUUUAUAUUGUAAAAUCACCAACAACACAACAACAACAACAAGAUGUACAGAAAAAAUCUAUUCUUCAUAAUCUUUUACGUAAAGCUACUUUUACUUAA